CAGCUGUUAAAGCUUGAUGUCGAACAGAUAGACACACCAAUGUCUGGAGCCAUAUGGUACAGUUGACGUCUCUCACAUACUAUGCACACGCCAGGGAUGUACAUGUAUAGCGCAUUUCUUCUAAGCAUUCCAUGUGCGUUUAUAGACGUCCUUGGAUUUACUUGCGAGGAAGAGCAAAGACACAAUGCCUAUGGUGACAAUGUUGAAGCAGUCUCUCUUGCGAACCAGCUGCUAACCGAGUCCUCUAUAUCACACUUGAUAGCAGUCACAAGUGAUUAUCUAUUAGCUUCGACAGAGCCAUUUUUCAAAAACAAGCGCGACAUCCAUAUUGUUUUCAGUACAACUGAUACUUAUAUGGCAACAACAGAAGCAGUAGUACAUCCGCUCUUGAAAAGGCAAAGUAUCGAUGCAUUUUGGAAGUACUUGAACUUCCUUGUGGUUUGCAGCUGUGAUUGUAUCAACAAACUAAUGAUACAAACUCACCAACUGGACGUCGAUGUUGGGAAAGGUGUCCUCCUGCGUCAUUUCUCAAGAUGGGUAAUUAUUCCAACUGAUAAUCACACAUGUUGUUUAUCAACGAGAGAGGUGGUAUUUGACAACAUAAACAUGAUCAGCAAGAAAAAUUGGAGUAGUAGAGGAAUGUCACAAAGAAUGAAAGUGUUUUCUUUGCUGUGGGAACCUCAUGGAAGAAAAUGGGGUAUUGUUGAAUCCAGUUCAUAUUUGAAGGCAUUCCCUAACACGAAUUAUGGUCUUAAUGGGAGGACAUUGCGGGUUGCAGCGCUGGAGUGGUUACCAUAUGCAAAACGAGAGGUCAUCGACGGAGAGAUUGUGUACACUGGUGUUUCUAUGGAGAUACUGAAGCAAUUAUCAGUCACAUAUAAUUUCAGUGUGAAUAUUGUGGAGCCGGAAGAUCGUCAGUGGGGAGAGAAAAAUCAUACCUCUUGGAACGGAAUUGUGGGAAUGCUCCAGAGAGAGGAGGUGGAUAUGACAAGUGUCCCAUAUGCAGCGAGCACAGAAAGAACUGAUGUGAUGACAUACAGCUAUCCGAUCAUCUACUCAACUCAGUCGGGAGUGUACAAGAAAACUGAGGAUAAGAUGAAACACUGGGCUGUUCUAACGUCUUGUUUUAAGUGGGAAGUGUACCUGUGUGGUCUCAUGACUUUAUUUGGCGUGGUCAUCCUGUUUCUGAUUCUGGAAAAGGUGAAUCCCAGACAAGAUGAAUUAAAGCACGGCAUGGGAGUUUCUGACAUUGCGUUUCUGGGGAUAUUAAUACCCCUACACCAAGGCAUUGCAGUUACCCCGUACUCGUCAUCGUCCAAAGUGCUUCUUGGAUUCUGGUGGUGUUUCUGUGUCAUAAUCACUUCAGUGUACACAGGAAACCUAAUUGCCUUUCUAACGAUCACAAAGGAAUAUGUUCCGUUUAGUACACUGGAAGAAGUGAGUCAACAGGACGAAUACGUCGUGGGAGUUGGUAGAGGGAGUUACGUGGAACUUAUGCUGAAGACUUCCAAUAGUUCCACAUUACAGAAGUUAUGGCAGAUGAGUCGACAUUCGAAAAUGCCAGAAAAUCUGAGUGCAGAUGAGGAAUGGCAACAUCUUUUGAGCAAUCUGUUUGCUGGACAUUAUGUGCUAUUACUGAGUGGUCCAUCAACAGCCCGCCUCAUGGCAGAACGUUGUGAUAUAUCGCAACUCCAUCAACAUUUCCUGCCGGCGCACUCCAGCAUUGCAUUCCCUAGGUUAUCUCCCUUGUCACAACUCUUCGCAAAGGAGAUCAUGUACAUGACGGAGAGCGGUCUUAUUUCAAAGUGGAACAGUGCAUUUUCCCCAAAAGCAAGACCUUGUAUGGACGCCUCACGAGACACACCACUACAGUUUAAAUCUGGAGAUUUUUUAAGUGCUUUUGUGGCUAGUGCCGCUGGAAUUACUUUCGCCAGCGUCAUUCUGAUGUUUGAACGUCUCAUGGAAUGUUUCAGAAAGAGGGAUUGAUGGUCCUAUCAAGUUAUUUUCAAAUAUGUUCGUACUUUGUGCAAAGGUAAAAACGGUAAACAUCAAGUAGAGCUUCUGGUAUAUUUGAAUUCCAACCUCUUGGAUAUUGACCCGGAAACGGCCGGUGUUUAUUAAGCUGGUGAACUCAUGUGUUUGUGAUGUCGAGCAGGUAUUCUUGUUUUUCGGUGAAUUGCAUAAAUAUAGUGUACUAAACUUUGUGAAACAGUGAAGUUGCUGUUCUUAAUUCUCCACAAGAGCUAAUUCCUUGGAAAUGUUUUGUAUUGAUAUUCGCUGAAGGUAACGCUUCUGUCUGUUGUAGAAAUGAUACUGCGCAUCUUUAUUGUUGUUAACACUAAACAUGACACUGGCAAUAAAUGUACUAAAUGCUGAACUUUACUUCGUAAACAUUCAAGGAUUUGAACAUUUGCCAACAUGGACUGGGGGAAAAUACUUAAUGAAAAGCUAGACUGGAAGUUAUGCUUCGAAUCCAUGAAUUAUAUCUUGAGUACGUGAAUGUCCGCAUGUAUCGAGUUGGGCAUGAUCAAGGAAGCAAUACCCUCAAAGGAAAGGUAGCCUCGAAGGCUUUGCCGAGCAGGUUUCGAUAUGCAGUCUAACA